GCCUGCAGCCACAUCAAAGUUCGUACUUGUCUUGACUUUAUAAGAUGGCAGGCUUGUAUCGCAGAAUCAGCGUCAACAACAUUUCAUCCGGCAUUUAGUCUGUAGUCACUGCACCUCGAUUAUAAAUUCAAAACAUACUUUUCCUCGCGUUUCUCUGUGCACCCCCGUCCUGUGACAUUCGAGCCGGAAAAGUGAAAACAGUUUCUACUUUCGUCAAUAAAGCCAUGAAAGAGUCUUGGGGAGCGGACAAUCUCGAAGCUCAACUUGAAGCCGCUCGUGAUGGUCUUCGCGGACUUGAAAAAAAUAUUAGAAAAAUACUCGGCAGGGAUGUGGCCGAGGGUGAAAAUGGAACCGUUCCUGCUACAGCUAGGUUGAAUUUGAAAAGAAAUUUUCAAGAUGAUCGACGCAGGCCACAACCUGAUGCAUCAAAUAAUGAAUUUCCUGCUAAACGAAGAUGGCAGCAAGGUGGCAAAAAUGCAGAACCAAAAACUGUUUUCAGCAGGCUUAGUGCAAGAGCAGUAUCUAAUGUAGAUGACAGUGGCGAUGAAGAUGAUGGGGUCACCAAACCUGCAGUUUCUUCAAGAGUUAUUGCUACUCCAAGAGAAGUACCUUCAAGGCAAGAAGUUAUACGCAGAGAAAGUACAGACGAAAGAAGUAAACAAAGAAAUAGGCGUAUGUUUGGAGCUUUAUUAGGUACUUUACAAAAAUUUCGUCAGGAAGAAACAAAACUCAAAGCAAAGGAGGAUAAAAAAGCAGAGAUAGAAGCUAGAGUUGAAGAAGCUAAACAAAAAGAGAAAGAAGAAUUAAAGAAAGAAAGGCAGCAGUUAUUCCAAUAUCGAAAACAACAGAUAGCUCAAGUUAAGGCUUUGGAAGCUAAAGUAGCCAGAAGUACAGCAUUUAAAGAAUGGCGAGAUUCGCAACUACCAUUAUUAAAGUUCAUUAAAUCCAAAACUAAACCACACAUCUACUACCUGCCUCGAGUCAGGACACCUGAAACUGAUGCAUUGAUAUUAGAAUCAGCUAAUGAGAUAAAAGCUGAAAUUGCUAGACGAGAAAAAAUACUUUAUGAUGAUCUUGACCUUCUUCAAUCCAAUACAGAUAAAGAUGGAGAUAAGGAUAUGCAUUCAUCUGACCAUAACUCAUUAAACAUUACUGAUGAAGGAAAAGAAAAUCGCAACAUUAAUCCUGAUAAAAAUGGAUCUGAAAGAGAUAAUGAGCAUAUGAAAGAUGAUGAUAAAGAAGAUUUUAGGGAGGAAGAUAGAUAUGAGCAUUUGGAAGAGGAUGGAGAAGAAGAAAAAGAUUAUGUUCAUAUAAGCAGUAUUGUAACAGUCAAAAAAUCAAAUGAAGAGAAUAAUCAGUUACAGAUAGAAAAUAAAGAAAUCAAUCAGUCUGGAGAUGACAUAAAAAAACUCGAAGAUAGUGAUGUAGAUAUGAAUCAAGUAGAUCAUUUUACUAAAAAUGCUUCUACUUGCUCUUUAGAUUUGGAAAAAAAUAAAAGUGUAGUUGAAACACCAGAACAAAAUGACUCAGAAACGCAAGAAAAGGCGAUAAAACUAGAAGAAGAUGCGAGUGAAACCCUUUGUCCAAUAAGUGGAAUGACAAACAAUGGAGUUAGUGUCAAACUAGACCCAGAAGUAGAAAUAAAAGAGUCUGAAUCCAUGGUAAGUCAAGAUAUUAGUAUAUUCAAAGAUUCUGAAGAGCAAUUGGAUUAUUCUGUACAAGAUGAAAGUACAGAUAGAGCAGAAGAAAAUGUAGAAAACUAAAUAAUUAGUUAUGUGCAUUUUUUCUUUGUACAUAACAUACAUUAUUGCAUAAGCAAGUAUGAGUUUGUAUCAAUGUAUGCUGUAUGUUAAAAGAGACACGGUAAAUUUUUUAAGUAAAUAACGUAAUAUAUUGUGUACUUUUGACACCUCGCAUCAUCAGUAGCUAAAAUAUUUCAUUCUCAUCACUUGCCAUGUAUAAAAUCUUGUAAAACAUUUCACUCUUUACAAUCGGCAAAAAUCAACUUUUACGUAGCGAGAAAAAUACAAUUAGGCUAUUGUAAUUGUAAAAUAAUUAGGAAACCUAAGGUAAAUUAGUUAUUUCAGUGCAAACAAAAUCUGUAAAUAGUGGGUUAAUCGUAUCUAACACGAUAUAAUUUUGAAUUGAAGAUAAAUGACACGAAUGAAUUAAAAUCAAAUGAUAUUAAGAAAAAAAACGUUGAACGUACAAAUAAAACGACAGCAUCAACAAAAAAAAAUGGAAAUAGUGACGCUUUUGUUGAGUUUUCGAAAAGUGUGUGUAUGUGGAUGCCGCUAUGUAUAUGAUAAAGAGCGAGAGAGUCAGCUUAGCGCCGUUUAUGUGUGUGUGCAUGCUUGAACUUUAGUCGCGAGCCAUUAAGUCGCUUCGCCAUAUUAUAUGGCGAGACCAUUGCGAGCGGCUCGGCUCUCGCAAAGGGAAAGAAAGAGGAAGCUUUAGACUGCCGCACAGUCCUAUGCGUCAUCGGUCUUAUUUCGUUUGCAUUUGUAUACGCACGGAAGGCCUGCAUUCGAAUAGAGCAAAGCUCUAAAUUGCUCCCUUUCGUUCGACUUUGAUCACGAUGUUCGACCGAAAUUUCACCUUUUUUUUAGUGCAAGUUUAAUUGCACGAAUUGACAGUCGCGAGAAAAAUUUUGAGAAUGACAUUUAAUGAAUUGAAAUGUGUGACAAACGACAAUUAAUGAAACAAAAUACCAAUGAUCUAUAUACAAUGUAAUACUUUUUUUUUUCUCAACUUCGAUAAUUUGUUUAAUGUGUUCUUUUCGUGGUGUAAGAUAAUACAUAUGCAUAAAUAAAAAUCUAUACAUGAA